UUAAGUCUAUGGAAACACCUGAUGAAAGUUGGGAGGAACAUUCUGUUCUUAAAAUAUAUACGACAUGUUCCAACUAUACAACGGCACAAGAAAAAUUAAAGUUGGCCGAGUUAUUAUCUGAUGUAAAUUUCGAUGGAGGAGAGGAAAAAUUUAAAAAAUCCCGAAAAAUUAGGGCGGCUAAAACACGUGAAUCAAGUUAUUCAACUGAGGAUACUGAAGACGAUGACUCUGACGAAGAAAUCACAUCAAACCUACCAAAAGCUCCAACUGAAAAACGAACAGACGUCUAUAAACAGACAUCGAAAAAAGUAACACAAUCAUGUAAAGAUUCACAACGCACUAUUAAUGAAAAUAUCGAAUUGCAUGACAGAAAUAAAAAUGUCUCACGUCAAACAAGUCAUACAAAUGAAACAAAUUGGAAUACAGAUUCUAACCAGGAUUUACAACGCGCUAUUAACAAGAAUGCUGAAUUGCAUGACAGAAAUAAAAAUGUAGUCUCAUCUCGUACAAGUCAUACAAAUAUAACAAAUGAAUGUGUAGUCCCACGUCAUACAAGUCAUAUAAAUACAACAAUUUAUUCAGAUUCUAACCAAGUUUCAGAUGCACAAUACGCUGCAACCUUAGUGGACGCUGAUCACCAUAAAAAUAUCUUCUUUAACAGACAGAUGUUAAAUUAUACUGGGGGAUCUGAUUUUGAACGUUUCGUCAUACAAAAAUUCCAACAUUUAGAAUUAAAAGUCAGCAAUGUCCAAAAGCAAAACCAAAAAAUUUUAGAC